AGCAGGGCCAAAGGAGCGCGCGCUGUGUGUGUCGUGUGCGCGCAUCGCGUCCGCUGCACGUGCUGCACGUGCACGGUGGUGAUGUCCACCUGAGAGACGCGACCCGCUCUCGCUGGCUGCACCCACGUUGACCCUGGCAAGAUGUGGCGAGUCGUCGUGGCGCCGAGGCCGCACGAGGAGAACGGCACCACGCUGCUGUCCUCGGAGCUGAUGGGGCCGAGUGGGCCGGCGAACCACCCGAGCGCCGCCGGCAACGUACAUCAGCAGCACCACUCACACUGGGCACACUCGCAUCAUCCGCACUACCCACUGAGCCUGCCGCCGCCGCCGCCGCCUCCGCCACCGCCGCCGCCGGCUAUGCAGCAGCACGCCUACCACCACGCACAGACGCACGAGCAGCAGCAGCAGCAGGCCCAAGCGCAGAGCCAGGAUGGCGUCGGCGAGCAGGCGCAUCAGCAGAGGAGCCUGAAGAGGCCGCUCAGCGACUCGGACUGCGACGAUGUAUUCUCGGAGGAGAGCGGCAAGGAACCAUGCAACUCUCCAGGAGACGACUCAUGUCAGCACACGUCGCGCAAACGGCGUCGAGGCAUGAUCGAAAAGAAGCGACGCGACCGUAUCAAUGCUUCGCUGGGCGAGUUGAGGAGAUUGGUACCGGCGGCCGCACGCGAUCCUCACAGCGGCAAGCUCGAGAAAGCUGAAAUUUUGCAGCUUACCGUCGAGCAUCUGAGGACAUUGAGGAGUAAAGGAGCCGAAGGCUACGACAGCACAAAGCUGGCAAUGGACUAUCACGCGGUAGGCUGGGGCGAGUGCGCGGCCGAGGUGGGCCGUUACCUGGUCACGAUGGAGGGUCUGGACGAGCGAGACCCCCUGCGCUUGCGCCUGCUGUCCCACCUGCAAAGCUUUCACCGCGACUCGCAGUCUUCCACGACGUCGCAAGCGCCGCCGUCGGGCCAGCCGCCGCCUCCGCCGGCCACCUCCAGCUACGACCAGGCAGCGACGACGUCCACGGCCAACCCGCCUCCGCCGCCGCUGGCCUGGCCGCCCGCGCAGUACCCCGGACAGUAUCCCGCGCAGUACGGCCAGCACCAGCAACACGGCAAACCUUAUCGGCCCUGGGGCGCCGAGCUCAAUGCCUAUUGAUAAUCACAGCAACGUUCUUCAGCUGCCCUUAUAAACGUUCGCGCGGCGCUUGUCGCGCGAGUGCUCCAUAUUCCAGAACAAAUACCAAAUCAGCGCUACUUCCAAUAAAUCAAAUGUAAAACGAACCAAAUACGACGCAACACAAGUUCAAACUCAGCUAAGAUUAUCGUGCGCGCGUGCGCGCGCGCGUGUGUGUGUGUACCUAAACCAAAAGAUUCAAGACGAAACGGAGAGACCGUGGUGGUUUUAUUUGUUUGAGACGCGUUCUUUUUAAUCGAAUGCGCGGAAACUUCGGUUGUGAUAGCACAACAUAGUCAUAUUAGUACCUUAUAAGAAUGAUAUAUGGAAAGCUUAUUUAUUUGUAAAGUAAAGUGUAUAUAAAAAAGAGACACCUCUAAUGUAAAUAUAAAUAUUUUGUACUACGUCAUACUUUGUACUUUGCGUGUUCUUAAUUUUUUUGUAACUGUCGAAUAAAAGAAAAUUUUAUUGCUUGUUUUCUCCGAGUUUGUGUCUUCGCGCCUUUUUAUAUAUUUAUAUAAAUAUUAUGUAUAAGUUUUGUGCGUGUAUGUGUGCCAAGGCGC